AUCCAAGCCAACAUCUCUUUGCUUUCGCCUAAGAAACCAACUUCAUACUGUCGGACCCAUCUCCAACCGGAUAAGACCAAGCACUGGAUAACCACUCCAAACGACACACGGAGUGUUCCACAAGCCGGUCCGGGAAGACCCUCAUCGAUUGACUCGAAAUGGCAUUGAGUUAUGUGCUGUUAGUGUCCAGACAGGGCAAAGUGAGACUGGCCAAAUGGUUCACGACGAUGUCGCCGAAGACGAAAGCGAAGAUCGUGAAAGACGUGACCCAAUUAGUCCUGGCCCGACGGACGAGGAUGUGCAAUGUCCUCGAAUACAAAGAUUCCAAAGUGGUUUAUCGACGAUAUGCGUCGCUAUUUUUCGUGACUGGGAUCGGGCCUCACGACAACGAACUAGUGACGCUAGAGAUCAUCCACCGAUACGUUGAAGUGCUGGACCGGUAUUUCGGAAACGUAUGCGAGUUAGAUCUGAUCUUCAACUUCCAACGAGCCUAUGCGAUCCUAGACGAGUUGAUCAUCGCCGGCGAGCUGCAAGAGUCGUCCAAAAAAUCCAUCCUCAGGGCCAUCGGCCAGUCGGACUCGAUCGAGGAAGCCGAAGCCUCCGAGGAAGGUAGUCUCGCUAAAAUCGCCUCUGGAAGAUAACCAAAGAUCCCAUUUUGACCUUUUGAUUGUUUUCUCCACCUUCUCCAAUCUCUUUUCACACCUCUAUGUUUUUUUCCUUUUCUUUUUCAUGAUUGGGUAAUUUUAAAUGUAGUUUUGCUCCUCCUCAAAUGACUUGUUUUUCCUCUAUGUAAUACCUAUCCUUUUAGAGUCUCGACAAGCCAGAUUCCUUCUUUAUUUUAACAGACAAACCAUCUGAGCAGAGUCCUGCAAUAUGAACGUCUCCGAUCAGCAUGAUAGCGGGAUUCCAACUAGAUCGACGAUUUUCAUGUGAAUUGGUAGGUUAUGCACUGCUCUCUUGCC